AUGACAGAAGUACUUCAUGGUGAUGCCGAUAUUGGUUGUGGUGAUGCAUUUGAUUUCUCAAAUUGUGCUCGAAAUAUGGCCUUAGAGGCAAUAGGUAUGAGACCACCAACGAUGAGAAGUACUGGUACAACUAUUGUUGCAGCCACGUACAAGGAUGGUUUGGUGAUGGGUGCUGACUCACGUGCAACUGCCGGUAACAUUAUCGCUGAUAAGCACUGCAAAAAAGUAUAUAAAAUCACUGAUUCGAUUUACUUAUGUGGUGCUGGUACUGCUGCUGAUUUACAUCAAGUAGCUAAAAUGUUAUCUGCGCAACUACGGCUUCUGGAACUAAAUACGGGGAAAAAGGCACGGGUGGUUACGGCACUUCGGCGAGCCAAACAACAUUUGUUUUCAUAUAUGGGUCAUGUUGGAGCGUAUCUAUUGAUUGGUGGUGUUGAUCCUACUGGACCGCAUUUGUAUCAGGCAUCAAAUGGUUAUACACAAAGUAAGCCUUUCGCUUCUGAAGGCUCAGGUAGUUAUGCUGCGACAACCAUUCUAGAACGAGAUUUCAAAACCGGCAUGACGCAAGAAGAAGCCGUUCUUCUGGUUCGUCAUGCGCUAGAGGCCGGCAUGCAUGGUGAUAACUGUUCUGGCAAUUCUCUUAAUUUUGUUAUCAUAACAUCUGAAGCUACGGUAUUCAAGGGUCCUGAAGUUCCACAUUUCUGUGUACGACCAGAGCCCGUUGAGCUGGACUAUAAAUUCAAGCUUGGCUCCACCAAUGUUCUGAAGCAGAAAGAAAUUAAAUAUGACAUAAUUGAAAGUAUGGACAUUUCCCAUUAA